AAGCCAUGUUAAAGUUGUGUUGACAGCGUCUGUGUUGUGUCUGUUAGUCCGGGUUAGUCCCGGUCAGCCUGGGUCAGUCUCCGGCUCGGUCCACUCUGUACAGCCGGGAAGAUGAGUUGCUGUCCGGACAUCUCCCGCAGGAACCCGCAGGAGGACUUCCAGCUGAUCCAGCGGGUAGGCAGAGGAACGUACGGUGACGUUUACAAGGCGAGGAGCAUCAGCACUGGAGAACUGACUGCCAUCAAGGUCGUCAAACUGGAGCCUGGUGAGGACUUUGCGGUGGUGCAGCAGGAGAUCCAGAUGAUGAAGGACUGUAAACAUUCCAACAUCGUGGCGUACUACGGCAGCUACCUCCGCAGGGAGAAGCUGUGGAUCUGUAUGGAGUUCUGUGGAGGAGGAUCACUGCAGGACAUCUACCACAUAACUGGUCCACUGACUGAGGCCCAGAUCGCUUACGUUCUGCGGGAAACACUGCAGGGACUCUUCUACCUGCACAGCAGAGGGAAGAUGCACAGAGAUGUUAAGGGAGCGAACAUCCUGCUGACUGAUAAUGGAUACGUCAAACUAGCGGACUUUGGAGUGUCAGCUCAGAUCACAAUGACCAUCGCAAAGAGGAAAUCCUUCAUCGGGACUCCAUACUGGAUGGCUCCGGAGGUAGCCGCGGUGGAGAGGACGGGUGGAUACAACCAGCUAUGUGACAUCUGGGCGGUCGGCAUCACCGCCAUCGAGCUGGCAGAGCUGCAGCCGCCGAUGUUCGACCUCCACCCCAUGAGAGCUCUGCUGCUGAUGACCAAAAGUAACUUUCAGCCACCCAAACUGAAAGACAAGGUGAAGUGGACCGGAAACUUUCAUCAGUUUGUAAAAAUCGCUCUGACAAAGAACCCGAAGAAACGAUCUGCUGCUGACAAGCUGCUGCAGCACCCGUUUGUGUCUCAGCCUCUCAGCCGGACUCUGGCCAUUGAGCUGCUGGAUAAAGUCAGUAACCCAGAUCGGACGUCCUACCAGGACCACCUGGACCACCUGGACGAGGACGAGACUGAUACAGAGCAGGUUGCCUCGGUCCCUCAGAGGAUCCCGUCUGGAAACACCAGAGAAGGAAAAACUCUGUCUGAGAUCAACUUUGAUCAGAUGAAGUUUGAUCCUCCUCUGAGGAAAGAGACUGAAGCUCAUCAUGAAGAGUGUGACUCAGAUCGUUUCCUGGACUGUGAGGAGGAGCUCUACUACACCGCCAAAUCCAACCUGGAGCUGCAGAUGGAGGAUGGAGAUGCUGUCGCAGGAUCAGGAUCCAUCCUCAGUGGAAACAGGAGCCUGCUGAGGUCUGUGGAAGAGAAGCUCGAGCUAAGGGGGGGUCAUGAGACUCACCUGGAUGACGAAGCUGCGGGUGAGGAUGAAGAUGAGGCUAAAGAUGAUGACAGCUGUGGUGAAGGACAGGUGGAAGCUGACCAGUUGGGUGUCUCUGAUGCUGCCCAUCACCAUGGAGACCACGGUGACAUGCAGCAUAUAAAAGACUGGACACUGCAGCCCAGCCCUCCUCCUGAAGCUCCUCCCUCUCAGGAUGUCCCCCCACCGUCUGAUGAUGAUCACCAUGGCAACCAGGACCAGGGUACCAUAAAGCACCAUCCUGUGUUAGAAAGCCCUGCCUGCUCAGCCACCCAGGGUCCCCCCAGACCUCCGCCCCCUAACCCCCCCCCCCACAGACUGAGCAGCCUGGGGAAUGUCCCGUCUUCCUCCGAUCAGCAGCCUGCAGCGCCUCCUGCUGUCCACAGCAGGAAGGACAAGAAAGAUCCUCCAAAACCUGUCAGCAAUGGACUCCCACCUACACCAAAAGUCCACAUGGGAGCUUGUUUCUCAAAGGUUUUUAACGGCUGUCCUCUGAAGAUUCACUGUGCUGCCUCCUGGAUCAGCCCCGACACCAGAGAUCAGUACCUGAUCUUCGGAGCCGAGGAGGGGAUUUACACUCUGAACCUGAACGAGCUACAUGAGAACUGUAUGGAACAGCUGUUUCCUCGCAGGUGCACCUGGGUGUAUGUGAUGAACAACACUCUGAUCUCCAUCUCCGGUAAAGCCUCUCAGCUGUACUGCCACAGUCUGGCCGGUCUGUUCGAGCAGGCUCGACACAAACAGAAGCUGACGGUCUCGAUCUCGACUCACCGCCUGCCCGACCGCAUCCUGCCUCGGAGGUUUUCCAUCUCCAAUAAGAUUCCCGACACUAAAGGCUGUCUGAAAUGCUGCAUCGUGAGAAACCCCUACACAGGUCAUAAGUACCUGGGCGGAGCCUUCCAAUCAGGUGUGGUCCUGCUGGAGUGGGUGGAGCCAAUGCAGAAGUUCAUGCUGGUCAAGAAUGUGGACUUCCAGCCUCCAUGUCCUCUGGAGGUUUUGGACCUGUUGGUUGUCCCAGAGCAGCCGUACCCUCUGAUCUGUGUUGGCCUGAACAAAGAAACUGAACCCAAUCAGCCCAUCAGCUUCCAGACCCUUGACCCCAACUCAUCCUGCCCCACCCCCCCCAUUACAGAAAACCCUCAGAAUUGUGUGAUCCACGUCACUCAGUUGGAGAGAGACACCGUCCUGGUCUGUCUGGACCGUUGUAUAAAGAUUGUAAACCUUCAGGGGAAGCUGAAAUCCAGCAAGAAGUUGUCAGCUGAGCUCACCUUCAACUUCCAGAUUGAGGCGAUUGUGUGUUUACAGGACAGUGUUUUGGCCUUCUGGAGACACGGCAUGCAGGGGCGGAGCUUUAGGUCUAACAAGAUCACUCAAGAGAUCAGUGACAUCAGCAGGAUGUUCCGCCUGCUGGGCUCAGACAGGGUGGUGGUUCUGGAGAGCCGAGCGACAGACAACCCAACUGAACACAGUAACCUGUACAUUCUUGCUGGGCAUGAAAACAGCUAUUGAGAGCAGGAUCAAACAGACCAAAACCAAUUAAAACUGUUAAAACCAGGACCAGACCAGUUAAAACUAGGACUAAACCAGGACCAAUCUGGAGCAAACCAUUUAAAACAAGGACUAAAUCAGGACCAAACCAGGGUCAAACCAGUUAAGUCCAAGACUAAACCAGUUAAAAUAGUUAAAACCAGGACCAAACAAGGACCAGAACUAAACUAGGACCAAACCAAUAUCAAACCAGUUCAAAUUAAGAUCUAAACCAGGCGUGCUCCAGUCACCAGUCUGAUGUUGUAUGCAUGUGGUCCUGAACCAGAUUGGUUCUGCUGCCCUGCCAUCACAUUUGUAAAGACCAGGGACCGAACAAGGUCCUGUGGUGUUCACUUACCGGACACUGCCAUGUUUAAACUCAAAUUAUCCAUCAAUGCAACAGUGACACUACUCAACAAACGCAACAAAAGAGCCCACAGCAGGUCUGGACCAGGACACAUGAAGCAAGACCGGACUGAGAAGUAGACUGAUCCAGUUCAGCACAAUUCAGAGGACUGAUGCCAGAACGAGACACCAGCUCUCUGUGGACCAUUGAUGUUUACCAGAACUCAGUGUGUCAGAACUGUAAAUAGACUUUUCUUGUACUUUAUACUGCGCUCAUACAUGAUAACCGGCCUUAAAGGAACAAGUAAAGAGACGGCGAUAAUCACAUUCAGUGUGGCGGCAGAUUCGACAGGAUGAUCGGAAGUUUAGUGACCACAAAGUGACGUCUUCAGAGAUCCGGAUGUCUUGGACCCGGUCUGGAACAGACUCAUGGAAACCCGCUGAGGACACAAGAAGCCCAGUGAGUCUGCUGAGAACUGAACUUGCCUUUGACUUUGUAUUUGUGGAGAGAAACUGGAGGUGUUCUUUGUUCUAGACUGGUUGCUAUGACUGCAAGACGAGGGUCACGUGACCAACAGAGAAAGCUGAAGUAGGCUAGUUUUCAGUAGCCUUGUUAGCUUUGUCAUUUGUGACGUUAGAAGGGAAAUGGGAAGAAAAACUGAGAGAAGCUGUGAAUCAACCAGUUGUGUUAAAACAAUGAUCAGGACAGCAAACUGCAAAGACUUAAAACCUAAUAAAUACGACAUCUUUCCAUCAUGAAUACUCACACAAACAAACUCAGAGACGUUAUAAUUACAGUUCUGACACAGUUUCACCUCCCGUUCACAAAGUGUUGUCUGUGGUAGUGAUGAAGCUCCAGAGACUGGAGCUGGAUCUGCUGCCCUCUUUCAGCUCAUCCACUGACAGAGACGGACUCAGGCAGAGACCAGCUGGUGGACUGACACUGGACUGACGUUCAUCAGAGGUCCGUUUCACAAAGCAGGUUUACUGAAAAAAAGAGUAUGUUAACCCUGAAAUGAGGGAAACUCUGAGUUUUCUGUUUCACAUAGGAAGGUAACUCAAACCAGAGAAAGAGGGGUAACU